AUGGAUGAAGGAACUUCAAAUCAAAUUGAUCCAAGUUGUAUAUCUCUUUUUAAUUGUCCAUCCCCAAGUGAUCUUGUAACUAACGAUUUUUGUGGAACUUCUAAUUCGGUUUCUGAAGCUUUUGAUUAUAAACCUGAUGGCCAAAAGAUCAGUUAUACAAAAUAUGCGGACAAUAAAGGCAAAGAAGUGGCAAAGCGUAAAGUGUUUGUCGAACGGAUGGAGCGAAUGAAAGAAGCCAGAGGGAUUUUCUUUAACAUUCCACAGUUUAAUCUGGCAACCAUGAACCAAGUCUGUUUAUCAAUGAAGAAGUUUUCUCGUUCAUCUGAUGUCAAAUCAUUUAUCUCUUCUAAUGUAUUAGAACAUGUAUUCUCUGAUAUUUCAACAAAACAACAAAAACUACCCGAAACUGUUGGGGAAUUACUUAAUGGCGAAGAAGCGGACAUUUUGGCAAGUAAAAGAAAAUCUCCAAUUACUAGGCAAAUUGUCGUAACUUCUGAUGAGGAUAAUACUGACAUUGAAGAAGAUGAAUUUGUCGAUCGUAAAUUGAACAUGAGUGUUGAACUCUACGAUCUAUUGGAGCAGAGAUCUCAUAUAUUGACCGCAGAUGCACAUGCAAAACGAUUGUUGCGAGAGCUUGAACAAAAACAAUUUUGGGUAGAAUCGCAGCUUUCAAAUAUACAAGAAGAUUUAAUGUUUGAAUCUCCUGUUAAUACUUGUGAUGACGAAGUUGAUUCAAUGACUUGUGCCCGUUGUAGACCAUUAAUUGCUAGAAGGUCUGGAAGCAAUGAUGUUGUUGGACGUCAAUUACUAUCUCACAACUUUAACAGGCGCAGCAAUGGCACCUUUUUUCGCCCAUUAAUUUCAAAUAAAAAAUGUGGUGUUUAUGAAUAUUCUUUUACUGAUGAAUCUGUUCAUCGUUUACUUUCAUUGCCUUCAGCAAUAUCAAUGGAUGUCCAACUUCAGAAAUAUUUACAUGUAAUUAGUUUUAUUUCGCCUGAAGUCGAAUUGAGAAGAUUUAGAACAGCUCGAAUAAUUAAUCAAAGCAAUGGAAAAGAAGUUGUCCAAAAAUUUUAUGAUUUAAUAGAAGAUGCUCAUGAUGAGCAAACAUCUUUGGAUAGUGAUAGUCAUUAUGAACAAGGAACACGAGGAAUUAGACUAUCAUUUCACAAAAAAGGCCACAAACAUAAAAGAAAAAGGCACGCUUCGAAUUAUUCAGAAGAUGAUGCUGACACUGAUGAUCCUGGAGAUGGAGAUUUUGUUCCUUCUCCAACUUUUUUAUCAAACAAGAAACGGCGCUGUAUGACAUUUGACAAUCAAGAGAUGAAAAAACUUUAUAGUUCUAAACCUUCAAAGAUGGAAAAUCGUCGUUCAUCUCAUGUUGAGUUUGGUGCUUCUAUGUUUGAUUAUGAUGCUCAAUUAAUGGAUAUUGGAUUACCACUACCAACAAUUCAAAACGUUGAAAAUGUAGAAAUUGCCGUUCCAUCAUUUAGACGGAGACCUGCAAUUUUGGAUAAUCAUUCUGAAACUAAUAGUUGUAAGCAUUGUCAAAAUAUGGAAGGAGGACAAGAAUGCAUAAUUUGGACAGAUAUUCUGCGAUUGCAUGGAGAAUUGGAGAGUCAGGAAAGACAGAAUAGAUGUGCUCGUCCCUCUAAUUGUGGCACGACUUUAACUCGAAAAUUGACUGCUUCUAUUUUUGAAUGA